GGAAGCUCAAUCGCUCCCUGCUCAGACAUCAUAACAUCUAUCCAGAAACAUGGCUUUGAGACGAGCUCUGCAUUUCGUCUUCAAAGUUGGUGACAGGACCAAAACAGCCACGUUUUAUCGAGAUGUGCUGGGCAUGAAGAUUUUACGCCAUGAAGAGUUUGAGGAAGGCUGCAAAGCGACGUGUAAUGGCCCUUACGAUGGAAAAUGGAGCAAGACAAUGGUUGGCUUUGGCCCAGAAGAUGAUCAUUUUGUAGCUGAACUGACCUACAAUUAUGGAGUGGGGGAGUAUCAACUCGGAAAUGACUUCUUGGGACUCACUCUGCAGUCGAGUCAGGCUGUAAGCAAUGCUAAGAGACUGGGAUGGCCUCUCACUGAAGUAGGAGAAGCUCUGUACCUGACACAGGCUCCAGGAGGGUAUCCCUUCUACCUGCUGGACAAAGAGCAGCCUCCCAAUGACCCUGUGCAGAAGGUUUGUCUCGGAGUAUCAGACCUCCAGAGGUCGACCCACUAUUGGACUACACUCCUGGGAAUGAAGGUGGUGGAAAAGAAUGAGGACAAGAAAACAGUGCUGAUGGGAUUUGGAGACACUCAAUGUAAACUGGAGCUUCAUGAUAUCAGUGGGACUGUAGAUCAUGGAACAGCAUUUGGCAGGAUAGCAUUUUCAUGCCCACGGGAGCAACUGCCUGACCUUGAAGCUUUGAUGAAAAAGGAAAAUCAAAAAAUUCUCACCCCAUUAGUCAGCUUGGACACUCCUGGGAAAGCUACAGUAGAAGUGGUUAUUUUGGCUGACCCAGAUUGCCAUGAGAUUUGCUUUGUUGGAGAUGAAGCAUUCAGGCAGUUGUCCAUGGUGGAUCCCAAAGGAAAUGAAUUGCUUGAUAAGGCUAUGGCUGAAGAUAAAAGUGACGAGUGGUUUGCUAAACACAACAGGCAGAAAGCUGCUGCAUGAGAUGAAGGAACCUGUCUGGAAAAAGUGCACCACCAAUUUCUCACUAGUUCAUGAGAGAUGCUGUACAAGGCACCUGUAGUGUAAAUCUUCCUCUUGUAAUGUUAGGCUGGCAGUGUAAGAUUUAUUCUCUUGAAGUAUGCUGUGAGGCACAGUGGUAUUGACAGCACUUGGUAAAAGGACCAUUUGUUCAGUUUGAUGGAUUUUCAGUCCAACUGAUUAUAGUAUUUCUCAAAAAGGCAGAGAGGACAAGAUAAUUUUAAUAUAAUGUGACUUGAUCUUAAAAAGUAUGGAAGAUAUCAUAUUGCUAGGUAAACCUGUUUGGAGGACCCUGAUGGAGAUUGCAGCAGGGCCCCAAUUAAUCCCCACUGACCAAAUUCUGCACAUUGUGUAUGUAUACCACUACUCCUAUGCAAGGCUGGAUUCCUAACCAGGGAGAAAAUAGACAAAUUGUACACACUACACAAAGUAGGAGGAACAGAAGGCUUAAUAGGGUACCAGAAACUCAUUUUGCCCCUGGGUGAGACCAUGCUCCUGUAUGAUGUGAAAUGUACGUGAACAGCAUCAUGUUGUGAAAGAGUGCGCUGCUUAUAGAUCAAUUUGCUCAGUUUACAGUAAAUCAUAUUCUUUGUAAAGUUACACAAUAUUACUAAUAUGCUAAAAAAAUAAAUAAAUGCUGCCC